AUGCCCGGGGUUGCCCUCCUCCCCAACAACCCGCCCUCUGCCCCCUCCCACACUCCCACUUCAUCUACUGCAAACGGCCAAAGGCUUCCCAACAGCAGCACCAGCGGUGGUCCAGGCUAUGCGGACAGUCCCAUCUCCGUUGCGGACAUCAAGAACAAGGCAAAGGAGGGCGUCCACAAGGAGGCGCGCGGUUUCUCCGCCGUGACCCUCAUCCGGAGCUCGCGCACCCAGGUUCUGCUUGCAAAGGACUACGAGGCCAAGGGCGACCUGCGGGCGGCGCUGGGAUCAUACAUCAAAGCUGCGACCCUCGCCAAGAUGGCCAUGGAUUCGCCAGAGUACAUCCAGGAGUCCAAGGGCAAGAACAGCACGAUCAGGAGGGAGCUAAACGACCUGCUUGCGAACGAUGCCCGUGAUAUCAGUGCCCGCACGAAUGCUGUCGAGGAAAAGCUGAAAGCCAUCGAAAAAGCUCAGGCUGCUGAGGCAAAGGAGCAACCGGUAGGCGCAUCCAUCGCGGAUCGCCUGCGCGCACUACAGGACAACGGGCUCUCGCUCGGCCCAACCAAGUUACGCGAUCGGGACAGCUACACCAGCUCCAGCAACCACAGCAGCACCAACCAUAGUCACAAUAAUAGCAUCAACCUACCAACGCCCCCCGCUGCGUCUCCGCACUUCCCGUCAGUUCCGCAGUCUCCAUAUGCCAGCAGCUUUAGCGGGAGCAAUUCCGCUGCCAACGCAAGCUCAAGUAGCAGCAGCAGUAACUAUUACACUAACGCUAACGCUAACGCACCUCCGCUUUCCCCUUCCAUCUCAGCAUCUACAUCAACGUCUUCACAGUCCAUCCAUGCCCUCGUUAACCCCAAUUCAUUCGGCCCGCCAUCCCCGCUAUCUACACCCAGCUCGUCGCCCACAACCUCGUCCGUGCUCAAAAGCAGUUAUCCGAGUACCAGUGCCAGCAGUAGCAUCGGUCGGAGCUACAGUAGUAGUAGCACCGGUGGUGGUAGCGGGAGCAGUAGCUAUGGCAGCUACAAUUACGACAAGGAGAUCUCGGGAUUCAAUCAGGCAUUCCCGUCAAUCGACGAGCUGGAUGAGGAUCCGGCAUUUAACAGUGCGCUAGCGACGCUGCCCUCUGUUCCAAGCGGGCUGCCUGGUGCUGGAGCGUCCGGGUCUCCCAAAUCUAAUACCUCAACAUCGACGUCGACAUCAGCCUAUGCCAACCUCCCCGCCGUCCCGUCGCUACCUAGCAAACCCUCCAAGGAAUUCCGCAACAGCAGCAGCAACGAACCAACCUCGCCUUCACCCCUCGCUGCGUUCCGCAACUUUACUGUGCCGAUCGAGCGUCCGUCGAGCACGCCCAUCUCGCCGACCGCGGUGUUCGCCAUGUCGAGUCGGCCGCCGUCACCUUCGGGUGGAGGUGGGAGUGGUGGUGGAGGUGGAGGGGGGUACCCGAUGGUGAAUAACAGGUCGACAGCACCGCAUCGCCCGUCUGGGCUGUCGAACGGGAUCAGCAGCACCAGCACGAACGGAACGCCAACUACGAACGCCAGUGGAAGCGGGAGCGGGAAACCGCGGACCCCUAUACCUGUGCGCAACACGGCGUUCCCACGCGAGCUGCAGAUGUAUUUGCAGGACCAUAAUGUGCUGGUGGUGGAUGUGAGGACGAGGGAGGAGUUUGACCGUGAGCAUAUCAGGGCGAAUGCGGUGGUAUGUGUGGAACCUAGUGUGUUGAUGCGCGAUGGUGUCGACGCAGAAGCGCUUGAGCAAUCCAUGGUCAUCGGCCCGAAACAGGAGCUCUCCCUCUUCGCGAACCGCGACAAAUUCGAUCUCGUCGCCGUGUACGAUGCAUCCUCCACGUCCUUCGCCUCCUCAUCCUCAUCGCAUGACUCGCCGCUGGGCAUCCUCGUGCGCGUGAUCUUCGAGCGCGCGUUUAGGAAGGUGCUAAAGCGUAUGCCGAUGAUGCUUGUUGGUGGGCUCGAGGCGUGGAAGCGCGAGAUUGGCGAGGUUGGUCUGAUUAGGGGCAGUGGGAGUACUCCUCCGGGUGCAGGAGGGGUUGGUAUGGAUAUUCAGAAGCCGGUUCCAACGAAGCCUGUGGGUGUGGCGCAGAGCUAUUCAAGUGGAGGUGUUGCGGUGAAUAUGACGGGCCAGCAGCAGCAUGAAGUGUGGACGCCGCCGCAACAGCAGCAGCAGCAACAUCGCGUGUCAAUGUCGGUAGAUCAGUCGGGGCACACACGAGCACCUGCUGACACGGGAUACAAUGGUGCUAGUGGGUCAGACCGAGGGGACAAAAAUCUGCAGAGACGCCCAGCGAUGCUCCGCCCGAGUUCGGGCUCCAUCUCGUUCUCGAGGAGCUUGAACGAUGGCCCCUCCUCCUCUGCGAGCGGGAUGGGUACCACGGUUCCUGGGUCGGUGUCCGUAUCCGCUUCAACAUCGACGUCGACAUCAACGAUCUCGUACCCCCAGUUCGCGAGACACAUUUCAUCGCCGCCUGUAUCUGCAUCGGGCGGGUACUCACCCUCGCCGGUCACGGUCUCGAGUGCUGGUGUGGUGACGAGCGCGAAUAUCACGUCCACGAACCCGUUCAUCUCGCCUCCGCCAACGUCCGUGCCGUCGCCGUCGCCUUACGCGUACCCGUCACAGUACCAGUAUGACAUUGCGUCGCCGCCGCAGGCGUCUAUUAACCCAUCGCUGUCGCGCCGGCGGAGUGACUACAUCGACCAGUCGCAGGAGGCUCUGUCGUUUUCGACUGGCGGUGGGAGCAGCAAUGCGAGAGCGCCGAUGCAGAUCGAUUACCCGGAUUUGAGUGCGGGUAUGGGUGGAAUGAGUAUCAGCGGCAUGGGCAGUGCUGGGUUGACUGGUAUGGGCAUGGGCCGCAUGGGGCUCGCGUCACCGCCGCCGAACGUGACCAUCCCGCGCCCGCCUCCCGUUGCCGCGCCGCCGUCGGAGCGGCAGGACAACCGGCCGCGGGUACAGCAGAUCACGGGGUCGAGCCUCAGCGGUUCUGGCACUGGUGGUCUGUAUGCGAAUGGGAGUGUCAACGGCAGCACGAGCGCACUGGUGCUGGGCGGGCCGAAGCCGCCGCGCAUCGCGUCAGACUAUCCGGUUGCCUACUGGCCCGAAGUGAAUGUGGGCACGUCUGGUUUGAAGAAUUUGGGUAAUACGUGUUAUAUGAAUGCCCCGAUUCAAUGUUUGAAUGCGACGGUACCGUUCUCGAGGUUUUUCACUGAGGGCCGAUGGAAGAGCGCGGUUAAUUAUACCAACCCGUUGGGCACCAAAGGCAAACUGACGGGCGUGUUCGCCAAGCUGCUGCAUGAGAUGUGGGGUGGUGAUUCGUCGUACAUUGUGCCGACUGAUUUCCGGCAAUCAAUAUGUCAGCUCAAGUCGCAGUAUAAAGGUUCUGAGCAGCACGACUCGCAAGAGUUCCUGAGCUUCCUCAUCGACGGCAUCCAUGAGGAUCUGAACCGCAUCAUCGCCAAGCCGACGUAUACCCCGUCGCCGGAGGAGGAGGCAGAGCUCGAGCGGCUCCCGCCGCAGAUCGCAAGCGACCGCGAGUGGAGGGCGUGGCGCUCCCGUAACGAUAGUCUCAUCGUGGACUUUUUCCAGGGACAGUUUAGGAAUAGGCUGGAGUGUUUGACGUGUCAUACGACAUCUACUACUUAUAAUGUGUUUUCGAUUUUGCAACUCCCUAUACCCCACGCCAGGAGCGGCAAGGUGCCAAUUGAAAAAUGUCUGGAUGCCUUCUUCAACGAGGAGGUGUUGGAGAAGGAUGACGCUUGGGACUGCCCGAAAUGCAAAACCAAACGACGCGCCUCGAAAAAACUCUCGCUCGCCCGUCUGCCGCCGAUACUGAUGAUCCAUCUGAAGCGCUUUGAGGCGAACGGCCGGUUCUCCGACAAAGUCGACACGUUUGUUGAUUUCCCGAUGAAGAGCUUGGAUUUGACGAAUUAUAUGCCGCCACCGCUUGCGCCUGAUGCGGAUCGGUCGCAGUUGAAUGGCGGGCAGCCAUUGUCGCUGGACGACCCCCGGACGCAGCUACCACCGUAUCGGCUUGCGCUGCGAAUAGAUACCGCUUUCAUUGCCUCACGAGGAGGAUGGAUGUACUGCGACGACAGUAGCGUCAAACCAGUGGAUCCCAAACAAGUAGUGAACCAAAAGGCAUAUGUCCUGUUUUACAAACGCGUUCGACCCUAG